CAGAUCGUUCAUCGACUCGGUGAUGUGUCUCCGCGAGAGAAACAAUUUGGACAUUAUUCCGAGGAAAGGUGCCUGUCAACGACUCGAUCUCUUUAUCCGGUGAGCGAGAAGCACAAUGUAAACGAAUCAUCGACAAAGGCUUUUCUCCCGCCAAAGGUACCCUAUAAGUAUAUAAAUAUGCGCAUCGUCCUGACGACAAAACAUCAAUCGUCGACGGCAACUCGACCGAGGGACACCUACUAAAACCGAGAAUAAAAAAAGGGGAGAGAACGAAGAUGAAGACUUUUACGCUGCUACUGGUGCUGAGCUGCUUCGUGGCCAUAGCCCAUUGCAAUCACGGCAAGAAGGGGCAGGGCGAGGACGGCAGCGACGGUCUACCUGGUCUCGUCGGCAAAGUCCUCAACAAAGUCCUGACCGUCGGCAAGCCCCAGAAGAAGUCCAAGGGCGGCCUGUCGGCGAGCUCGUCGGCCUCGUCCUCGGCCCAGGUGAGCCAGCAGUCUCAGGGCGACAGCGACCCCAAGAGCGUCGUCCAGCUGGUCCAGCAGGCGUCCAAGAGCGGUCUCGGCCAGGUCGGUGGAAUCAUCUCCAAGCUCGACUCUAAGAAAUUGUUGCACAAACAGCAGGGCCAUCCCAGCCAGAGCAGCCAGAGCAUAAGUACGAGCAUCAGCCAGGUCAGCUCCGGCGGUAGCAGCAGUCACAGCAGCGGCGGCGGCGGCGGCAGCGGUAGCGGAGGCGACGGUGGCAACGGCGGUAACGGGGGCAACGGCGGACGCGGUGGACGUGGUGCAGGUGGUGGUUCCGGCGGUGAUGGUGGCAACGGAGGCAAUGGCGGAAACGGUGGCAACGGUCAUUGA